CUAGUUUGCUCUCUGCAGCUGGCCCGCUCAGCAAAAUGGCUCGUAGGCGCAGCAGCCUGUGUGUCGGAACACAGCACAAUGGUGUGGUCCGGUUUGCAGAUGUGGACCGGCUAUCAUCCAGUUUUAGCAUUGCACAUCUCUCCGGGCAAAUGGCCGGGCGCGGACAGGAACGCGAUGUGUGGAGGCCACACGCUCCGCGCUUUGGUUAGACCUGGGACUUUUAUAUCGGAGGCUGCCGUAAGAGUACUGUAUCGAUGGCAAAAGCGCUCAUGGUCUGUGCACCUUAGCCGCAGCCGGACUAGGCUGGGCGGAUAUGCGCUGCGUCUUUUUGUCGACAUAGCACUCAUCGGCUGGGCUGUUUAUUUUUUCAGCCAGGCACAAUUUCAUCAUGUAGACACCAAGGGCAAUGCUCUUCUCAUGAAACCCCGAUAAUCGGAUGCCUCGGCUGCAGUAUUGGUGAUAUGCAAGGAAAGUAGAUCCGGUAUCUUUGCGUGAGAGCUGGCUCUGAGAUUUCACAGCUUCUGCCAGGCGAUUUCAGGUAAAAGUGCUAUAUAUCUGACGCCGGUACAAAGACAAACAUGAAUCUGGCCAAUGCCACCCACAAAGGAUAUUUGUAUACUGUGCCUCCUUUGUGAUAUAGCCAGGGACAGCAAUUCUACACAAAAAUUG